AUGUAUUUUGGAAUAGAGAAUAAUCAGCUGAUACAGAUCUCGUCAAACCAUUUAUUACCAUUAAAUACAUCAACAUUUGUCCAUCUGAAUCUCAGUAACAAUGCUAUCCAGUAUGUUCAGAGAGGAGCUUUAAACAAGAUGCAAAACCUGAAAAUUUUAGAACUGCAUGGUAACAGUAUAUCACAGAUACCCAAAGGUGUAUUUGAAGAUCUGAAAGAACUGAUACAUUUGGACCUUCAUCACAACAAAUUGGAGAAGUUGACCUCUGAAUCUUUUAUUGACCUUGAAAAAUUGAUUGAGUUCAGACUCCACAGCCAGAGUCCAGCAAUGACCACCAUUUUAUUUGAUUCUAUGAUCAACAUUGGCAAAGCUUUAAAAUAUCUAUUUAUAAGUCAAAAUGGACUAACACAUUUACCACACCAAGUUUUUAUGGAAGCCAACUUUACAGAACUCAUAGAACUAUAUGCAGACAAUAAUUUGAUUAAAAAUGUAACAGAGCUUGGGGAAAGUGGUUAUGGUAUCAAACUAAGACCAACUUAUCUUAGGAAGAAAAAACAACUGGUAGCCUUUUCCACCACUCCUAAUAUUGUGAAAUUGUAUUUACACAACAAUUUGAUAGAGAUGGUAAACAAUACAGAUUUCUGUGAACUUCAGGUCUUACAAUUGUUAAAUCUGAGAGGCAACCGACUGAAUGAGACACAUAUUCAGGAGGAUGGAUUCAAAUGUUUACCUGUAUUAAAUUAUCUAAACCUUGGUAGUAACCAUAACAUGCAGUAUGUACCAGUUGCCCUUACAACACAUGAGAGAUUGCCUUCAAUUCAGACUUUGUACUUAGAUAGUAACAUGAUAUCUGUCCUACCAUCAGAGACUUUUACUAAUGUUUCUACACUUGUCAGUUUAUAUCUUCAGAGUAAUAGGAUCAUAGCUGUUGAAAACAACACGUUUCCUGAACAACUGAGAACAUUGUACCUUUAUAAUAAUAGAAUAGUAGCUGUAGAAGAUGGUGCUUUUCCUUAUGAAGUAAAUACAAUGUAA